CAGACAUUCAGUAAGUCUAUUCCAAUAGAGGCUAGUGAUAGGAUCGAACUCACCUUGCCAGAAUGUUUUACUUUUUUACGAGAAGCCGUUCAGGAUACUAGAAUUGCCUAGUACAUAAAGUCUGAUGUUCUGCUCUCCUCCCUCAGUCCUCCGACCACACGCUCUCGAGGCUGAACAGCGAUAUCUAAGAAGCCACAAUGCGACUCUGGAUCCUCUUCGCGCCAAUCGCUCUAGUUCCCAUCGUGGCAGCUGAUUUCUACGGUGGCCAGGUCACUUGCAACGGAGUAUUAACAUUUUCUUUCGGGGCUAUGGUCCCCUAUGAUGGCAACGAUCAAUAUCGUCAUGCAACGCAGUACGACACCAAAGCCUUUGUAUGGGGAUCAGCCUCAAUGACCGGCCCGAUCUGUAAUACUACAGUUACAAUUCACGGUUUGCGAUGGACGGCCGCGGACGGUGGCUCCGGGGACUGUUAUCCGACUCGACAUGCCUGGAGAUCCUCGAGGCUCUUUAAGAAUACGUGCAAAUGGCAAGACUACAUAGUGUGCUCUUCGCCCAUAUGCGAGAAUUAAACGGGUACCUCGCCGGCCGAGCAGUGCUUCAGUUUCAGUUUCCGGCCAAGGUCUCAUGGUAGAUCGAAACCCAUCCAAUCCAAAAUGAAGUUCCCCCAUGCCCUUGUUUUUCAUAGUACGCAAGAGCAAUUACCUGCUCAGGGACGAUGAGAUGAAAUAGCCUGCCUGAAAUUUAUCGGCACAGCAAGUCUUUCAUGGAAAAGAAAGAACCGUCGCUACACGCGCGUACAGCCCCCCCAUUGCAGCGACGGCUCGAUGUAUGCAAACUCUCACUUCCUGCAUGCCACCCUUACUAGCACGAAGCCCAUCCUGAAACACUUUUACUCAACCUGAAUAAUGGAAGUCCCCUGGG